GUUGGUCCAGCGGCCGGGGAGGGGCGCGCGCCACCCGGGCCGGCGUCGGGCUGGGCGCUCCGGAGAGCCGGAGGGAGAACCGGGCACGGAGCGCCGGCCCGGGGAGUCCCGCCGCCCAUGAGCUCCCCGCCGCCCGCCCGCAGGGGCUACUACCGCCAGGAGGUGACCAAGACCGCCUGGGAGGUGCGCGUCGUGUACCAGGACCUGCAGCCCGUGGGCUCGGGCGCCUAUGGCGCGGUGUGCUCGGCCGUGGACAGCCGCACGGGCGCCAAGGUGGCCAUCAAGAAGCUGUACCGGCCCUUCCAGUCGGAGCUGUACGCCAAGCGCGCCUACCGCGAGCUGCGCCUCCUCAAGCACAUGCGCCACGAGAACGUGAUCGGGCUGCUGGACGUGUUCACUCCAGAUGAGACCCUGGAUGACUUCACAGACUUUUACCUGGUCAUGCCGUUCAUGGGCACGGACCUGGGCAAGCUCAUGAAGCACGAGACGCUGAGCGAGGACCGCAUCCAGUUCCUCGUCUACCAGAUGCUGAAGGGGCUGAAGUAUAUCCACGCCGCCGGCGUCAUUCACAGGGGUGUCUGCUCCCAGGCUCUGCCGCUGCCCCGGCUCCUGCCCUUGCACCCCUGCUGGUGGGCGACACAGCCACCUUUCGUCCACCCCCAGGACCUGAAGCCCGGCAACCUGGCAGUGAACGAGGACUGUGAGCUGAAGAUCCUGGACUUCGGCCUGGCCAGGCAGGCCGACAGCGAGAUGACUGGGUACGUGGUGACGCGCUGGUACCGGGCGCCCGAGGUCAUCUUGAACUGGAUGCACUACACACAGACAGUGGACAUCUGGUCUGUGGGCUGCAUCAUGGCGGAGAUGAUCACAGGGAAGACGCUGUUCAAGGGCAAUGACCACCUGGACCAGCUGAAGGAGAUCUUGAAGGUGACGGGCACGCCACCCGAUGAGUUUGUCCAGAGGCUGCAGAGCACGGAUGCGAAGAACUACAUGAAGGGCCUCCCCGAGUUGGAGAAGAAGGAUUUUGCCUCCAUUCUGACCAAUGCAAGCCCUCUGGCGGUGAACCUCCUGGAGAAGAUGCUGGUGCUGGACGCAGAGCAGCGGGUGACGGCGGCCGAGGCCCUGACCCACCCGUACUUCGAGUCGCUGCACGACGCGGAGGAGGAGCCCCAGGCCCAGAAGUACGACGAGUCCUUUGAUGACGUGGACCGCACCCUGGACGAGUGGAAGCGUGACACGUAUAAAGAGGUGCUCAGCUUCAGGCCUCCCCGGCAGCUGGGGGCCAAGUCCUCCAAGGAGACGGCCCUGUGAAGACCCCUGGGCCCUGAGGGGGUGGUGGGACGUCUUGGGGACCCUGGCUGGCACUUCCACCUGGGAGUGGGGAGCCCUGUGACCUUGGCUGGAGCUUGCCCCCCAGGAGACUCCUCAUUCCAUGCACUCCAUCCCCCAAGCCCGUGGCCCCGCUCCCAGGCCCCCAGCUCGGCCUGACCUUGGAGGGGCAUGUGGACUGGCUGCACAGGGCACCCUCCUGACCUGGGGCUGGCCUCCGCAGUGGUCCCCUGAGCAGGGUGCAGCAGGAAGCCGCAGAGCCUUGGGGGUGGGGUGGGGUGGGGUGGGGA